AAAAAAUGCGGUUAAAAAUGUUCAUUAUCAACAUCUCACAAAUAAUCACUAAAAAUUUAUAUUAUUUUGUAUGAAAUAGAUCCUGAUGGGCACACACUAUCCAACCAUUAUUGUUCUUAUCUUUUCUUUACAGUUGACUGUGUUAAGUACUAAAUUCUCUCCACUGCUUUAGCUUGUUUUUUCCUCUCUCGUUUGUUUCUCAUUUUAUUCUUUAUUUGAAUUAUUUAAAUUUAUUUAACUUUUUACUCACAACCCACCAAGAUAAAUAGGCAGGCACAUGGUCUCCCCUUAAUUCAACACAUUCACAGUCAAUCCACAAAUCACUAAAAAAAUGAGUGAGCUUUCCUACUCUCUCCCCUCUUGGGAUCUCCAUAACCUUGGAUCACUCUUCAACCAAAACUUCAAUCUAGAUGCAUGGGGGAUCAUUGAUGAAUCGCCGGAGAAUAUAUUCUGUUCGCCGGAGAUGGAAAUCGGGGACGUUUCCACGGGAUACCUUGAAGACGCACUCAUCGAAUUCAGUGGGAGAGGCAAACGGAGACGUCUUUCCUUCAACGGCGCCGAGGACAAACCAAAUUAUGAUAUAGACCAUUCUCAGAAUCAUUGGGGCCUGUCUGAGAAUUAUAGUUGCACGAGUAGUCAGUUUGCAGAUGAAUCUCCAAAUUCUUCCAUCGAUAUAUAUUCAGAAGGAAAAUCUUCAAUUUGUGCAAAAAACUCUUUCGAACCAUCCUCGUCCAUGUCAAAGAAGAAUGACUAUGACGAAAAGAAGAGGGUAGUGUAUCCAUUUGGAGUGGUGAAACCAGGUGGUCGAGAAGAAGACGUAACCCUAAAUGACAUUAAUAAGAGGAUUCUAAUGCCACCGGCUCGGCCGGUUCGACAUCCGGUUGGAGAUUUUGCAUGCCGUCCGUGUGUCUCUGCAGAUGGACCGGGUCUAUCAGGCAAAGCCGUGGUUGCUUUCACGAAAAUACAAACAUUAGGGAGGGGCACAAUUACUAUUAUAAGAACUAAGGGAUGAUAUAUGUAAUAUUGGUAAUUAGAGGGGCACAUUUACUAUUAUAAGAACUAUGGGAUGAUAUAUGUCACGAGAUAUUGGAGAUGUUGCAAAAUGACUAAUCAUUGGUUGACAUGUUCAAACCUAUUGUUGUAUAUAAUGAGAAAGGUUGUUAUAUA